GCUUCUUUCCCAUAUCUUUGCAUAUGAAGGCCUUAAGUAGCACAUUGGUUGAGCCAGGGGCGCUGUGCGGGGAGAAACUCGGAGAUUAACAGACGCGAGGCUUCGUCCAUUCAGCAGCGCGCAGAGCAGCCCGCGCGCGCCGCUCCGCUCCCUCUGUGGGCGGUGUUUCAAACGAGCGGAUUCGCGAGGAACGUGGGAGCUGUCAUUGCUGUGAGACACAUUCGCGGAGACCAGCAUCACCGUUGACAGCAAUCACAAGCGCUGGGAUUCUGUUCAUUUAAAGGAUCAGUGCCUUCUUAACAUGCUGCUCCACAUAUAAUCAAAUGAAAUUUGCUUUAGAUUCGCCAGAUCUGAAAGGGGAUUUUGGAAAGACACAAGCUGAUCAUGAAGUGGGAUAUUUUACUCCUCUCCGGUGUUUUAGAGAAAAAUGCCGGAUGCAUCCGUUGAACGAAGGUAUUUUCCGCUGGAUUAACAAAGGACAGUAUUUUUGAAACAUACUCUCUGUGCAAAAACACUGGUUUAUUGCUGUCUUCAGGAAACAGAGAUGUUCUUGUGAAGUCACAGGGGAAACAUAUUGUCAUUCGUUUAGUUUUCUGCCUUGCCAAAUGCUGUGGUGCUGAUGAGAGACUGUUCGUCGGUAACAGUUUUUUUCUCAACCCAGAAUGACAGACAAAUAGCUCUCCGCUUGAGCGAUGGAAACACUGUGAGGUUUCUCACUGAACUUGAGAAGCAGCAACAGCGACUGCCACAGUCUCGACCCAACACAAAUCAGCACAUAAUAAUGGUAUGGGCUUCUGAAGUCGGUCGGAGCAUGGAGUCCGCGCACCAGGCAGGUUAGGGGGUUUUAGGAGACACGCUAAGAACCCUGUUUUGACUCCCCAUCCUGAAAUGAGGCAAAAUGUUGAUGUGUGACAGAGGAGUCCAAAUGCUGAUCACCACGGUGGGCGCGUUCGCCGCGUUCAGCCUGAUGACUAUCGCUGUGGGAACGGACUACUGGCUGUACUCACGAGGAGUGUGCCGGGCCAAAAGUAAUAACGAGAACGAGACGAGCAGGAAGAACGAGGAAGUCAUGACCCACUCCGGACUGUGGAGAACCUGCUGUCUAGAAGGAACAUUUCGAGGUGUCUGUAAGAAGAUUGACCACUUUCCAGAGGAUGCAGAUUAUGAGCAGGAUGCAGCAGAGUAUUUACUACGAGCUGUGAGAGCGUCCAGCAUCUUCCCCAUCAUGAGCGUUGGGCUUCUGUUCAUGGGAGGUUUGUGUGUGGCUGCCAGUGAGUUUUACAGGAGCAGACACAAUGUCAUCCUCAGUGCUGGAAUCUUCUUUGUCUCUGCUGGCCUAAGUAACAUCAUCGGCAUUAUCGUGUACAUAUCUGCCAAUUCGGGCGACCCUGGCCAGAGCGAUUCUAAGAAGAGUUACUCAUACGGCUGGUCCUUCUACUUCGGCGCACUGUCCUUCAUAAUGGCCGAGAUGGUGGGCGUGCUCGCCGUGCACAUGUUCAUUGAGAAACACCGGAAGCAGCGCGCCAAGUCCCGCACCGAGCUGAUCAAGAAGUCGGCCUUCAGUCGCAUCCCCAGCUACCGCUACCGAUUCCGCCGGCGCUCCAGCUGCCGCUCCAGCGAGCCUGCCUCACGUGACGCUUCGCCCAUGGGCAAGAGCGGGUACACGGGCCCCGCUGCAGCAGACAUCUCCAUGUACACCCUGUCCAGGGAUCCCUCCAAGGCGGCAAUGGGUGCCUUGCUCAACUCCGAGAGGGAGUUUUUGCAGGCUCACAACUCCAACGCUAAGGACUUCAAAGAUGCGGCCAACAGGAGGACCACUCCAGUCUGAGAGAGUUUAAGCACAGAGGAAGUGCCACGGCCAAGCGGUUACAACCACAGACUUGAGCUGGACCCCAGCAGGAAGAAGAAUUCACUCGAGGCCUGCAGGGCUAUAACCCUCUUUCUAUAACAUUAUAUAUAAAUAUACAGUCAUGGCAAGUUUUGGUAGCAACAUCAAUUUUGUGUUUUGCAAAGGUGUUCAUUCACAUUGUUUCUAGAUUAUUGUGUAGAGCAAUUUUAAAUUAUUACUUAAAGCUUCAA